GAAGAGAACAGUCCGUGAGCGGAGUGGUGAGAUUGACAACUGCUCGGUAUUCUGCCACAAUGUGGAUCAGUGUAGCGAUAAUUUGUGUCGCUUUGGUCGCAUUUUUAUUAAAAUAUGUCUUCAGCAGCUCCGGACCCAACCCCUUCGAGACGGACAGUCGUGAACCGUUGAAAAAGAUGGUUCACGACAAGAAAGAGAAAAAUAAAGUGCUGAAGCAAGGUUUUGUGGCCAGUAAAGUCCCUGACAACUUGGAUGCCAUCAUCAUCGGCAGCGGGAUCGGUGGCCUCGGACUCGCAGUGCUGCUGGCCAAAGUUGGAAAGAAAGUCCUGGUUCUGGAGCAGCAUGAUCGGGCCGGGGGAUGCUGUCACACAUUCACUGAGAAGGGCUUUGAGUUUGAUGUUGGAAUCCACUACAUCGGGGACCUGCUGGAACACAAGCCGUUCCGCUGCAUGCUGGACCAGAUGACCAACGGACAGCUGCAGUGGGAACCUCUAGAGAAUCCAUUUGACCACGUAGUUAUAGGACCUCCAGAAAACCGCCGCCAGUAUCCCAUCUACAGCGGCAGGACCCGCUUCCCUGAGGAGCUGAAGAAGUGUUUCCCUGGAGAGGAGAAGGCCAUCGACGAGUACAUAAAUCUGGCCAAGAAAGCCGGACGGGGCAUUUGGUUACUCGCUGUGCUGAAGCUCUGCCCCGUCCCUCUGGCUAAGUUCCUGGUCUACAGCGGCCUGGCCAAACGUCUGUCCUUCUUUUUCAAAAUGGCCUCCCGCAGCCUGACAGAAGUGGUCAAUGAACUGACAGAGAACAAAGACCUAAGGGCUGUUUUCGCCUACAUCUUUGGCACCUACGGUAACAUGCCAAAAGAUUCCAGUUUUUCUAUGCACAGCUUGCUGGUCACUCACUACCUGAAUGGUGCCUGGUAUCCUAAAGGUGGAGCCAGUGAAAUUGCCUACCACAUGAUCCCCAUCAUUGAGAAGGCUGGUGGUGCUGUUCUAGUUCGAGCCCCAGUCAACAGAAUCUUGUUCAAUGAUUCCAAGGAAGCUUAUGGUGUGAGUGUCAUGAAAGGUCAGGAGGAAAUCCAUAUCCAUGCCCCCAUGGUCAUCUCCAACGCCGGCAUCUUCAACACCUACCAGAAGCUGCUGCCCAAGGAGCUCCAGGCCAUGCCAGCCAUCCAGAAGCAGCUCAGCAUGAUGAAGAACGGCGAGGGUGGCCUGAGUGUGUUUCUGGGUCUCACUGGAACCAAGGAGGAGCUGGGCCUGAAAGCAGACAACUACUGGAUCUUUACUGAGAACAACUUUGAUGAACUGGUGGAGAACUAUCUGAAUGGAGAGAGGGAGGAGUCUGCUAAAAAUGUACCUCUGCUGUUCGUUGCCUCACCAUCAGCUAAAGAUUCAACCUGGGAGGAAAGAUCACCAGGAAAGUCCACCUUGAGUCUGGUCAGCUUUGCCAACUACGAGUGGUUUGGGGAGUGGAAGGACGGCAAAGUGUCGAACAGAGGGGCGGACUACAAAGAGCUGAAGCAGGCUUUCAUCGACUCUAUUCUGGAGGUGGUUAUGGACGUCUUCCCUAAGAUAACCAGGGACAAGAUUGAGUACAUUGAUGCUGGAACCCCCAUCACAAACACACACUACAUUGGAGCCCCCAAGGGUGAGAUCUACGGAGCAGAUCAUGGCAUCACCCGGUUUAGCCCUGAACUCAACGCUACAGUGAGACCUCAGACUCCGCUGAAGAACCUCUAUCUGACAGGUCAGGAUGUGUUUGUGUGUGGCUUUGCGGGCGCUCUCGCUGGAGCUCUCACCUGCGGCUCGGUCAUUCUCAACCGCAACCUCCAUCUGGAUGCCAUCGCCCUGGCAAAGAAAAGAAAAUUCAUGAAUGCCAAAUUGAAAGGAGAAUAACCCUCCCUGACUAUAUUCAGCUGAGUGACCGUUAUAUACUGUAAUUAACCAGUAGUCAAGUGCUGCAGCUCAGAGACUCCCAGAUUUUAUCUAACAGAAUGAAUCAUUAAUGCUAAAACAAAGCAGAAAGUUUAAUUUUCCACACAGAAUCAUAUCAGAACUGAACUCUUCUACUACAGUAAUUCAUGUUUGACUACUUCAGUUUUGUUAAAUUGUGAGUAAUGCAAGAGGUGAGAUGUUAAAUGGCUGUUGAACUUUCAGUCAACCUGCACUUAUCAAACCUCAUGCAAAAACCUUUCUAAAUCAUACACAAUUUGUUGUGUAUUAUUAUUUUUUUUGUUUGUUUUUUCUCAGGACUGCCUUUGCAUUUAAUGCUGUGCCUUAUUUUGCCAUUUGUUUGGUUUGCAGUGUGUAACAGAUUUACAAAGGUUCUUCCUUUUGGAUAUUAAAGGGUACAAACAAUAAAUUGGAUGCUGUUUGG